AGUGAAAACACAUGGCUCAGGGUUAAAGACGCACAAGCAUCCACCAGAUUAAGCUGUAAUCCUGCUUUCAGUACAGGUUAUGGGUGGAGGAAUCUGAAAAGGUCGUUGAUUUAAAUAACGGGUGUGGAGCUAAAGGCUGCUGGUUUGACUUUAAAGGAGAUGUGCAGUGAAUUGUACUGUUAGCAUGUGAAUAGAUUGCUUGUUGGUUUGACACCUUUACUCGACUAUGUAUUCUGUGUAAUUGAGCCACCAGUGUGCAUGUAGUGUGUCUCAAAUCAACUUUAGAAACUAAACUAACUGUAAGGGGAAACGACUAUAGGGGAAGAUUUUGUGAAAUUAACCUUCACCUGCUGGAAGCCUGUUUUUCUACGUUGAAACAACUUUCAAAAGCUGACCACUUCAGGUGCAAACCGGUACUUGGUAAAGUUUAUGACGACACUGAAGGGGACUUGACUUGACUCGACUCUCCAAAGAUGCAGAACAAAGAUGAGAAGUCUGGAGAUGACAAAUCUCUGAGUGAUCUAUCUAACCCUCUGAGUGCGUUCUGUAGCAAUAAUACCACUUAUCUGGCUAAGAUUGCCAUCAUUCUCCAGUAUUCUCCACAUAAGAUGCUGACUUUUACUCAGAUAAAAAACAAGAUUUCAGUGAUUGAUAAGGAUGAAAGGAAUGCUUACAACAACAUCAGUUGGUAUUUAACAGGUUACAAAUGUUUUGUCAAGAUUCUAGUUCCAGGCACAAUGAAUCGUGAGCUUGUGUACUGGACGCUGGACUGCAGGCAGAUAACAACAGAGAUGGUGCAUGAACACUUCUUGGAAAUUCUCCACCUCUUCCCUGUUCUGGCCUCCAGACUGGAGACCAAGAACCUGAGCUGUCCGCCUCGGCCUCUCCACACUCUAGAGCCCGCACCACGCAGUACUGUUCAGAUCAAACCUAAGGUGAAGUUUAAUGGCCCUUUCUCUAUUGACUCAAUCCUGAAGAGAGACGGCACCUCUGCUCAAGCCGUAACUCCCACACUCCGUCUGCCAGUCCGGGUGGAGCACUUUAUUCAGCCUACGCAGCGACGAACUGGGACAAAAAGGUGCUUCGGCUGGGACACGGAUCAGCCUCUCAUCCUACAAGCUUCAGCUGGAAGUUCUCCUGUCUGCACGGGAGGGGGCAGCACACACCACUGGGCCACUGCUUAUGGAACUACUACACCCGUCAAGCGGAUACCUGUGUAUCCUGUUCCCUCACUCCAGGUUCACCCUGUGUUCACCAGCCCGCAGAGCAGUGGCCUCACUUACACCCUUCCAGCACUUACCCCCGGUGUUCCCCGUUUUUGAUAGUUAAAAAAAAUCUUCCUAUUAAAAUACACUUCCAUGUUUCAUGUUUUGAAGGGGACAUGCUAUUUUUAUUAGAAACCAGAAAUAUAGUUUUACAUCGAAGUGGGCAUGUAGGUUAAUGUCGAGUGUUUUAUAAUAUGUCUUUAUUUUUGGCUGUAGACUUUUUGGUUGUAGAUAAUUGAUGGUUUAGGGAAAAUACUGAUGUUUCCUGGAGUCCUUAGCAAAAAAAAAAA